AUGGGAGCAGUGAUCUCCAAGGUAAACAAUAUAUUGUACACAAGGCUCCGAGCAAUAUUCUCUGGACAGUCUGAGAGGUCGAUAACCAUGAUAGGCCUAGACGGUGCCGGGAAGACAACUCUUUUACUGUAUCUGCAGACUGGAGAAGUCCACCAAACCGUCCCAACACUUGGGUUCAACUGCGAAAAUGUCAGUCUGGGGAGCAUGAAGUUCCAAGUGUGGGAUAUCGGAGGACAGAACUCAUUCAUGAGGUUCUGGCAUCAGUACAUCAACGAGGGAUGUGGGAUCAUAUACAUGGUUGAUUGUGCAGAUCCGCAGAGGUUUGGAAAGUCGAGCGAGGAAUUGUGGAGGAUACUGAACAUCCUGAACAGCCCCAGGCCGCUGCUGGUGCUUGCAAACAAGAUUGACCUGGUGAAAGAACAUGAGAGGAGUGAGGUGAUGAGGAGUAUCAAGAACGAGUUUGGCCUUGAGAAGUACAGCGGGCCAUCACUUGUUGUGCCGAUAAGUGUUCUUCAGGCGGGAUCGAUGACUUCGGCCAACGAUGAGAACGGAAGAGAAAUCAUCGAUGCAUUCAGAUGGCUGAACAAGGAGCUUGAGAAGAUGCCCAGAACAGAGGUCCUAUAA